AUGGCAGGAUCAUACUCAAAAACGCCUUCUAGGGCUUCUUCCACUCCCAAGACGAAUUCCACCAAGCGAAACGCAAGCAUCUUGAGUUUUUUCCAGAAGACCGAUACUCCACCGGGGGCCACGUCUAGCCAAUCUCGCAUGACCCAAUUUGUCACAUCCACCCGUUCAUCGGGCAGUGCAAGACCUUCAUCUCGGCGGCGAACCUUUGUGAAAAAAGAUGACAGGCCAGACGAUCUAUUUCUAGAAGACAAGAAGGGUCUAACCAAGUCGAUCGAGACGAGUAAAAAUGGACAAUUGGAGACCGAGGAUAUUUGGGGCGCUGGUGAUGAUAUGAUUCUUCCGGAUGAUACACGCUUCAACGAGAAUUCACCUGUCAAGCGCCAAAAGGUGGAUUCGUCGAGUAUUUCGCCUGAAAAUCGACUACAUGACCCUGCCUCAAAGCCCACCACACCUGCUCCGACUCGAGCAAAAAAGAGCAAUGGGCCAUUUAUCGAUGAAUCAGACAGUGAGGAAGAGGAUUUGGAAGCCUACAAGGAGCUGAACGAGACUUCCUACACCAAUUUCGACACCGAGCACAAUUUGAAAGCUAUCGCCACUGACGACUCUAUUGGAGACCCACAUACCGGGCUUCGCCAGCCGCCAUCGGUAAGAAAAGCCACAAUUGAUGCCGAAAAUGAAGAAGAAUCCCCGAAUUUUGACGAUCUAGAAGAGGACGAGUUUUUAGGGGAGGAGUUUCGGGAACGACCAUGGGAGUUAGAAGAGCAAGAAGAAAAUUAUAAGCACGAACUGAACGCCACGAGCAAUAAUGAGUUUGCGGAUGCACCAACUGAUAUCGGAUUAAAUACUUGUCCAAUAUGUCCGAAAGAUUUGACAGGAUUGACUGAAACAGAAAUUGCUAUACACGUAAACGAUUGUUUAGAUAGUAAAACUACCACUGAGGAUGAUCUUAUCACAAGUGCGCCAGUCGAAUCAGCACAAUCAAUGGAUGCAAUAAAGAAAAAAUUAUCCCGCGCUGAACGGGCUGCUAUUGCCCGUCCUGCUCAACGCGAUCCCUAUUCUCAAAAUGCCGCUGGUGAACGCUCAGCGUUUUCCAAGAUGAUGGCUGGUAAUGCCGAAGAUACGGCCUGGGCAAAUGCAGCUGCCAACGAAGUAUCCUCACGAGGGAAGCAGGCAUAUCAAAGGUCUUGUCCCUUCUACAAGAUUAUGCCUGGGUUUUCAAUAUGCGUUGAUGCAUUCCGCUACGGCGCCGUAGAAGGAUGCAAAGCCUACUUUCUCAGUCAUUUCCAUAGUGACCACUACAUUGGGUUGACCAAGUCCUGGUGCCAUGGCCCCAUAUACUGCAGCAAAGCAACAGCCAACUUGGUGCGACAGCAGCUCCGUGUCGACCCUAAAUGGCUGGUAGACCUGGAAUUUGAAACCAGCUGUGAAGUUCCGGACACAGGCGGUGUGCGAGUCACCAUGAUUCCUGCAAAUCACUGCCCUGGCAGUUCACUGUUCUUAUUUGACAAGACUUUUGGGAAAGGUCCGGAUGCUCGACAGCAGCGUAUACUUCAUUGUGGUGAUUUUCGGGCGUCAAAGGCUCAUGUCCAGCAUCCGCUUUUAAGACCUGACCCCGUCAAUGCGGUCACUGGGAAGCCGCGGCAGCAGAAGAUUGACAAGUGCUAUCUCGACACCACCUAUCUCAACCCUAAAUAUGCUUUUCCUGAUCAGGUCGACGUCAUCAACGCAGCUUGCGAGCUGUGUGUUCGUCUCAACGAGGAGGCAGGUGUGGGGAUUGAUCAGGGGAAAUUUACAACGGGGUUGAUGAACAAGUUCCUUUCGUCAGUUACUGGGACAGCGAACGAGCAAGAGUCAAAACCACCGAACAUAGGAGGCCGAUUGCUCGUUGUUAUCGGCACAUACAGCAUUGGCAAGGAAAGAAUCUGUAUUGGAAUUGCGAAGGCACUCAAGUCAAAAAUAUUUGCCACGCCUCAAAAACGCCGGAUAUGUGCUUGUUUAGAAGACGCUGAACUGACUGCCCUCUUGACAAGCAACCCCCAAGAGGCACAGGUCCACAUGCAAAGCCUGUUUGAGAUCCGGGCUGACACAUUGGCCGACUAUUUGGACUCUCUCAAACCUCAUUUUUCGCGCGUCGUUGGCUUUCGUCCUACCGGUUGGUCAUAUCGACCCCCAGCCGGCCGAAUGUUAGACAAUCCGCCUGUUUCAACCGUACUUCGAGGAGAGCAAUGGAACAAGUCGUUCACAUCUGAGCAAUUGAUUCCUCAGCGCGGCAGCACGAGGGAGAGUUCCUGCUUUGGAGUGCCGUAUAGCGAACAUAGCUCUUUUCGAGAGCUUACCAUGUUUUGCUGCGCACUUCGUAUUGACCGUAUUAUUCCUACUGUCAAUGUUGGUAGUCAGAAGAGUAGAGAUAUGAUGAAGCUAUGGAUUGAUCGUUGGGAGGCAGAGAAGAAACGCAAUGGGUUAUUCCCGGUUAAUGAGUGGUGA